AGUCGCUGUGCUGCGCAGCUUCCUCCGCGGCAGCCUCCGCUGGAGACGGUUGGAAGAGCCGUUGUGGGGGCGCUACACGAGGAGAGCGAGUCCUUCCUCCGGCCGGACCCCGCGGGCGCUGCAGUCGCUGACAGGGUAUCUGAAGUAACAGGGGCAUUUAAUCAAACGGUAUUGAGAUGGAUUGGGUUAUGAAACAUAAUGGUCCAAAUGACGCUAGUGAUGGGACAGUGCGACUUCGUGGACUGCCAUUUGGUUGCAGCAAAGAGGAAAUAGUUCAGUUCUUUCAAGGGUUGGAAAUCGUGCCAAAUGGGAUAACAUUGACGAUGGACUACCAGGGGAGAAGCACAGGGGAGGCCUUCGUGCAGUUUGCUUCAAAGGAGAUAGCAGAAAAUGCUCUGGGGAAACACAAGGAAAGAAUAGGGCACAGGUAUAUUGAGAUCUUCAGAAGUAGCAGGAGUGAAAUCAAAGGAUUUUAUGAUCCACCAAGAAGAUUGCUGGGCCAGCGACCAGGACCAUAUGAUAGACCAAUAGGAGGAAGAGGGGGUUAUUAUGGAGCUGGGCGUGGAAGUAUGUAUGACAGAAUGCGACGAGGAGGUGAUGGAUAUGAUGGUGGUUAUGGAGGUUUUGACGACUAUGGUGGCUAUAAUAAUUAUGGCUAUGGAAAUGAUGGCUUUGAUGACAGAAUGAGAGAUGGAAGAGGUAUGGGAGGACAUGGCUAUGGUGGAGCUGGUGAUGCAAGUUCAGGUUUUCAUGGUGGUCAUUUUGUACAUAUGAGAGGAUUGCCUUUUCGUGCAACUGAAAAUGACAUUGCUAAUUUCUUUUCACCACUAAAUCCAAUACGAGUGCAUAUUGAUAUUGGAGCUGAUGGCAGAGCAACAGGAGAAGCAGAUGUAGAGUUUGUGACACAUGAAGAUGCAGUAGCUGCCAUGUCUAAAGAUAAGAAUAACAUGCAACAUCGAUACAUUGAACUAUUCUUGAAUUCCACUCCUGGAGGUGGCUCUGGAAUGGGAGGUUCUGGAAUGGGAGGCUACGGCAGAGAUGGAAUGGAUAAUCAGGGUGGUUAUGGAUCUGUUGGAAGAAUGGGAAUGGGGAACAAUUACAGUGGAGGAUACGGAACUCCUGAUGGCCUGGGUGGUUAUGGUCGUGGUGGUGGAGGCAGUGGAGGUUACUAUGGGCAAGGUGGCAUGAGUGGAGGUGGAUGGCGUGGGAUGUAUUAGAGCAAAAACCACCAACAUAAUAGUCCUGACAACAGAAUCUGGUCUACUAGACUUUCUUACAGAUUUAAUUUCUUUUGUAUUUUAAGAACUUUAUAAUGACUGAAGGAAUGUUUUCUCAAAUCUCAUUUGGUAAAGCAACAGAUUGUGAUGGGAAAAUCUGUUUCUGUAGGUUUUAUUUGUUGCAUACUUUCACUUAAAAUAAAUUUUUAUAUUCAAACCA